AUGUCUCCCUCCAGAGGCCUCCCCACAGAGCCAAUUGCCCCUCCAUCAUCGAGCGUCAACACAGACACCAAAGCGAACCUCCGCUCCUCCUCCGCCCUCGCCUCGGCGAAACGAAACAUCCACUUCCUCUUCUCACCCAACUCGCCUUCCUCUCCCCGACCCGCGCACCUACGCACACGCGCCUUGCUGCGAUCCCUGCGCUACAUUGGCAUAUUUGUCUUCUGGCGCGUGGUCCGGUAUGCGCGGUACGCGCUGGUGGGGUCCCUUGUAGCGGCUGUGGGCGCGUCUGCGUUUGGGGGUGCAGUUAGUGGGGCGGCGUUUUUGUUGGCGCCGCCGACGCUGGUGACGAGUGUGGGGAUUGGACUGGUGUGGGCGGCUGGGAAGUGGGGGUUUAGGCGGAUGAGGAGAGGGGAUGGGGAGAAGGAGGUGGAGGAUAGGAAAGAGGGUGGUGGGGUGGAUGUGGAUGGGCAGUGGAGGGAUGUGCAGGGGCCGAGAGCCGUUCCUUGGUAG